UUGGCGUUACUGUUGCUCGAGUGUUCCUAGAAUACAAGGAUGGGUCCGAAGAAGAAAGGAAAAGGAAGCAAGCUGGCGCGGAUGUCGGAGGAAGAACGGAUAAGAUACAUGCAGCAUAGGGCCGCCAUAGAGGAAGAGGCGCGGCGAAGGAAGGAACAGCUGAUUGCCACUUAUAUGAAGAACAAACUGAAACAUGAAGAGGCAUUUAUGAGGUUGAACUCGGCAAAAAUAAAUCAACAAUGGCGUCAUAUAUUGCGAAAGGUGAAAUGUAAGGAGCUAACAGACAAUAUGAAGAUCCUGUGGACCACAUUCGAGGCGGCUGUCAUCAGCAAGAAUAAGAUCAUCCAGACACUCCUGGGGGACCUGGAGGAUUCUGAGCUCCAGUACUCUAUGAUGCUGGAGAAUCACGUUUCAGAUCGUCAACCGCCUUAUCGGCUUGCACCAGGACCGGUUGGAAGCCUGUCACAAGCGAUACACCUCUGAAAAGGAGGCUCUAUUGUCUGCUGCUAAUCUCGAGCGAAUAAACACCUCGACCCAGAGUGACUACGCCUGCGAGUUCUUGCA